GCGCGCAGGGGGCGUGGCCAACCGCUGCCGUAGCUGCUGCGGCUACAGCCAGAAGAGACACACGCAGACACAGGACGGCAGUUUGCGGACACGCUUCCUCACAAUAGUUGUGUUUAUAGUCCAACAAACGGAUAUUUCCCCACAACACGCACCCGGACCGAUUGUGAGAUUCUGCUGCCCCGUCUGGAAGAUCCUCCUCACUGGACCUGGAUCAGCUUCCCUCCACCUCCACUUCAUCCCACCAGUAGCCUAGAGGACAAACUGCUUUCUGGAGCAGCCGUGGAUCUACGCAGGAAGAGGGGCACCUCACAUGGGAGUGUGUGACUGUGUGUGUGUGAAGGUGUGUGUUCAGGCCUCCAGCCGUCGCCCGCUGAUCCCGGACAGGCAUGGCGGGGGUCCGAGAGCGCGUCUCCCGGUCACAGAGGCCGUGGUCGGUGUACCGGGCCAACACAUUCGAGCUGUCCAAUGAGAUGAUCGGCUUGGCUCUCGCAGGAAACAGUCAGGACCCAGAUCAGCCUGUGAUCGAGUUCAGCGUGGCCUGCACAGACCUGCUGACCCCGGCUUUGGAUCGGAAACCCAACAGCUUUGUAGCAGUGAGCUGCACGACACCCCCGCAGGCCUUCUGGACCAAACACGCCCAGACCGAGGUCAUAGAGGGCACCAGUAACCCCAUCUUCCUCAGCAGCAUCGCCUUCUUCCAGGAGUCCAACAUCAACCAGCAGACGCAGGUCAAGCUCGCCGUCUACGACGUCAAGGACCGCUCGCAGGGAACGAUGUAUAUGUUGGGCUCAGCACUUUUUCCUGUUAAGGAGUUGUUGCAGGAGAGGAGCCACAGACUGCGACUCGAACUGAGAUCAGCAGAGAACGAGCGGGUGGGGAACAUCAGCAUCGCUGCGUGGCAGAUGGAGGAGAGAGCCGAUCAGAGGGUGUCGGUCAGCCGCCUGCCAGACAGCGUCAACGGCCGGACGAUGCUGCCUGUCGACCAGAGCCUCACCGAGUCGAUGGGAGUCCGAAUCAAGUACGCCUCGCUGUGCAAAGACACGCUGCUGCGCUCAGUGUUCGGAGGCACCAUGUCUAGAAUGUACCGCUUCCCCACGACUGAUGGGAACCACCUACGGGUGCUGGAGCAGAUGGCCGAGAGCGUCCUCUCGCUAAACAUCCCCAGACAGUUUGUCAAGCUGCUGCUGGAGGAGGACACCGCCAGGGUGUGUGAGCUGGAGGAGCUGGGCGAGUUGUCCCCCUGCUGGGAGAACCUGCGGCGACAGAUUGUCUCUCAGUACCAGACCAUAAUACUCGCACACCAGGAAACACUGUCUGACCUCAAUCACUACAGAGGUCCGUCGUUUAAAGCCAGUAACCUGAAGGCUGAGAGGAAGCUCGAGUUCAUGCCGACCAACCUACACGUCCAGAGGAUGAGGGUGCAGGAUGAGCUGGGCUUCGAACACACGUAUGAUGUGAUAACAAUUGGAGCUCCGGCCGCUCACUGCCAAGGUUUUAAAAACAGCGGUUUGAGGAAACUCAUCCAGAAAUUUGAGGAGGCAAAGAAACACGUUUAUGAGGAGGAAUGCAGCGCCGUGUCCAGCUCGCAGUCCAUCGUCUACAUACCCCAGGACAUCGUCCGUGCCAAAGAGAUCAUCGCCCACAUCAACACGCUGAAGACUCAGGUCAGCUACUACGCAGAGAGGAUUUCACGCGCCGCCAAGGAUCGAUCUGCCAGCGGGCUGGAGAGGACACUUGCUAUUCUGGCUGAUAAGACUCGUCAGUUGGUGACGGUAUGCGACUGUAAGCUGCUGGCUACAGCUAUUCAGGCCCUAAACGCAGCACGGCCCGAGUACAUCGCCUCCAAAGUGUCUCCCUCCGCUGACUCGGAACAAGUAGUCCUGCGUAACGACCAGGACACGCUGCUCGCCAAGUGGAGUGGCAGCAACAGCCGAUCCUCUCUGCACGUUGACUGGCACGAAGAGGAGUGGGAGAAGGUUUGGGGGAAUGUGGAUAAAUCUCUGGAGUGCAUCAUCGAGCGUGUUGACAAGCUGCUUCAGAAGGAGAGGAGGCCCAGCGUCAGCAGUCAGGACAGUACACUGACUGACCUGCAGGGCGGCGCCAGUAAGAAAGACGAGGACAAGGAAGGGAAGAGACGAGCUUUCUGGAUCAACCCAGGAAGUAUCCCAUCAUUACCUUCUUCAUCAUCAUCAUCAUCAUCAUCACCUCCACCACCUCCACCAUCCUCUUCCUCUCUGCCUGCCCUCAACUCUACACACGAGUUCUAUGGAAGCCCUAGUGCUGAGGAGGCGUACCCAGGCGAGUGGAGCGAGGCGUUGUACCCUCUCCUCACAACGCUCACAGAGUGCGUUGCCAUGAUGAGCGACAAGGCCAAGAAGUCCAUGGUCUUCCUGCUGAUGCAGGACAGCGCCCCGACCAUCGCCAUGGACCUGUCGCUGCAGUACCGCCGCGACGUGGUCUUCUGCCAGACGGUAUGCAGAAACACACACACACACACACACAGGGACGCGAUAUUUAGACACAUUUACAUGCUCAUCUUCAGGUUUGGAGACACGUCCCUGCAGGAGAUCAUCAACCUGGAGAGUCUCUCGCGGCUGAAUUCAUACUACGAACAGUUCAAAGAAGUCCUGCCUGAAGACUGCCUCCCAAGGUCUCGUUCUCAGACUUGUCUCCCUGAGCUGCUGAGGUUCCUGGGGCAGAACGUCCACGCCAGGAAGAACAAGAACGUGGACAUCCUCUGGCAGGCGGCCGAGAUCUGCCGCCGGCUCAACGGGGUUCGUUUCACCAGCUGCAAAAGUGCCAAAGACCGGACGGCCAUGUCGGUGACCCUGGAGCAGUGCCUGAUCCUGCAGCACGAGCACGGCAUGGCGCCGCAGGUCUUCACGCAGGCCCUGGACUGUAUGCGCAGCGAGGGCUGCAGGCGAGAAAACACCUUGAAGAACGUCGGAUGCCGAAAGUAUGCGUUCAACUCUCUGCAGCUCAAGGCCUUCCCCAAGCAUUACCGCCCCCCCGACGGCACCUACGGGAAAGUGGAGACCUGAUUGGACGUCUGCGUGAGGACUAAACCGGACGGUAUAGGUAUUUUGAGAAGAUGUGAGCGAGAUGUGAGCGAGAUGUGAGCGCCACGUCAGCUCGUUUGAGCCCAUUUGAAGGUACACUCAGUGAUCCAGUGUCACACUAAUAAACAGCUGCACCUUCCUUUAAAA